AAUUAUUGUGCUGAGUCUGCAGUUAAUAAGUUAUGUCUCGGUCCAGUAAGAAAAGAAAGCGUUCCUGUACAGCCGGCGAUGGAGGAUUAGGGUUAGGCACCAGCGAACCCCCCAAUGGCGCACCUUCCAGUGGAGUCACCUUCCAAGAGAAUGACUUUAUAUGUCCAGUGUGCUUUGAUACUCUGAAGGAGGUCCAUGUCACCAUCUGUGGACACAGCUUCUGCUAUGACUGUAUCACUGAGAGUCUAGCUGGAGCCCCAGUGUGCCCGGUGUGCAAGGCAACACUACCUCUACAGAACCCAAUACAUCCCAACGUAUCUAUGAACGACUUGGUGGCAAAGUUCAGCAAUCAAACAGUUACCACGCCGACUGAAGAGGUAUAUCCUGAUAGCACAGGAGAUGUAUUGAAUGAGUUUGGAAAGGAUCUUUAUCGCUUCACUAAGUUUUCCUCUGUACAAGAGUUGGCCUCUCUACAAUAUAGUGAUACCAGCAGCAGCUCUUCCUGUGCCAUUGUCUCCAGUCUGGAGUUUGACUGUGACUGUGAAAUGUUUGCAGUUGCUGGAGUCACUAAACGAAUCAAAAUAUACUCGCUGAGGCGUGUGCUGCAAAACACUGGCUUCCAAAACCACUUUCCUGUCAAAGAAAUGGUGUCAAAUGCCAAACUGAGCUCAGUGCACUUUAACCCCUAUCUGAAGACAAUCCUCGUGUCAAGUGAUUACGCAGGAGCAGUCAAUAUUUGGGAUGUUAAUGACGGGUCAAAGGUCACAACUCAUUUGGAACAUGGAAAGAGGGUGUGGUCUGUGAUGUUUAACCCCACUGAACCUCAAUUGUUUGCCUCUGGUUCUGAUGAUGGAACAGUCAAACUCUGGGUGAACAAUCGCCAGCACAGUAUUCACACUCUGGACACUAAAGCUAACGUCUGUUGUGUCCGCUUCCAUCCCACUAAUAGAUAUCACCUAGCCUAUGGAUCUGCAGAUCACUCUGUGCAUUAUGUGGACCUACGGAACCCUGGACAAGAAUUGUUUGAGUUGAAGGGACACAAAAAAGCAGUUUCUUAUGUUCAGUUUAUGAGUGACAAUGAGUUAGUGUCAGCCUCUACUGACAGUGAGCUGACACUCUGGGACACCAACACAGGACAGUUUAGUAGGACAUACAAGGGACAUGUUAAUGAAAAGAACUUUGUGGGUCUAUCCACCUGUCGAGACUUUAUAUCUUGUGGGAGUGAGAAUAACUGUCUGUACGUGUACGGGAAACAUGUCUCCAAGCCAAUGCUCUCAUUCAAGUUUCGUCCUCCCAGUGGACCUCUGCCUGACACUAGCUCUGAAUCGAGUGGGGAUGAAUUUGUGAGUGCAGUUUGUUGGAAAAAGGAGAGUGGAGUCUUGUUGGCAGCCAACAGUCAAGGAAUCAUCAAAGUACUGCAAAUGUGCUGAACACAUGGACUAACCUCAACAUUAUUAUGUCUGUCAUCUUAUCAGUUUCAUCUACUCCUGAUUUCAUCAUAAAUGACUAAUGACGUCAUGAGUAAUUAUUCAUUGCCCAAAAUUAAUAAAGGUGAAUUUUAAUGAAAAGUACAAAACAA